AUGCCGUGGCGAAAACCCCCACGCGUCAAUUUCGAAGAGCAGGCCGAGUAUCGGUGGCCAUUUUGGAAAGUCGACCUCGACGAAGACGACCUUUUCGGAGACCUCCACGAGCGCUUCAACACUGUUCCCAUGUUUAUCCAAGACCCUGACGCAUUCCACCACGACGUCAACGAGAUCGCACGCCAGGCCCUUAACAAAGAGGACUUCUACGCCCGUCUCCAGAUGAGAAGAGACCAGAGGUUGGACGAACUGAAGGAUAUGCAAGACAAGAUUGGGGUCUUUCACCUUUCGGGCUACACUCGACUCGCCGAGAACCAACGGUUCCAUCGUCUACGCCUCCAGCGCUAUGCCAGUCUUGACUGCCUUGUCGCAUUUUGCGCAUCACUUCUGGCGCCCAAUGAAAAGGGCAUGAUGCCAUCUCUGGAUAUGUUCCUGCGAUCCGAAGAGCGCAACGCCCGAAGCUCGCUGCUCAAAGGCCUCGCUGCCAGCUUGCAGCCUUCGACUCCCGAUUCCCGCGAUUUAGAACACCCCGAGUUGCCUCCGUCACCACCAGAAGGUGACGGAGAGUGCCCGCCUUCGACAACAUUUGGAAGAGACUCGACAUCGCUACCACCCAAAUCAUGCGCACCUGAGACGCCCAUAAAACGAAAGAGGAAACACUCUGUGGACUUUGAUACCGACGACUUGCCACAAGUAAAACGUCCGCGCCCGGAAUCUAUCGACGACCUAGAACACAAUGAGGCAGAUACAUCCGGCGCUUCGGAAGAUACAAAUCGUGAAGACGAUGCCCCCGAAUCCUCCCCCCAACGUAAUGAACAUGGCGCAGACAAUGCUGUCGGCCAGAACACGGCCAUACGGCCAACUCUCGAUCACCAACCACAUUUAUCUCCCGUCCAUCCAAAACCCACAACCGACCAAGCCUCUCGGAGACUCUCCCCGCAAUCCCCGUCGCGCUCUGACACCAAGACGAGGAAAUCCAGCAGACAGAAUCCAAGUUCGACUCGACCAUCAACGAAACAAUAUGCAGCAAAACCAAGCAUUGGACAGAACAACAUGUCGCCUCAAAGAAGGAGUAGCCGAAUAUCCGCCCGAUCCGGGGCAAGAGAGCUGAAAACAUGA